AUGGCCGGCAUACAAUCUUCACUAAUAUGGAUUGUCUAUGCGAUCGUUGUUGCGAUCCUGCUCGCCGUCGCCUCCAUCUUCAUAUACAUCUAUCAGACGCCUCGGGAUCGAUCGCCGUUCGUGACAAUAGUCUCAAUAAUCACAAUCACUGCCCUCCUCGCGACAGUACUAUUACAACCCGUUGAUGUCGCUCUCGUAUCAUCAACCACGUCGUCCAAGCUCGGCCGCCGAAAAGACUGGGCUUCGCAAGAUGAGGUGGAUAAAAUAGUGUUUUCGCUGAGGGUGGUGUAUUAUCUGCUCUACUCGUUAGACGCUGUGCUAUGUUUAUUGGUUGUGCCAUUCACCUACUUUUGGUAUGAGGAAUAUGAUGAAAUUGCUGUUCAGGAGGGAGAACAGACAGCUGGGAAACGAUUUUGGGGAGCUUUCAAGUAUACGAUUGCUUUCGUCGUUCUUGCUGUUUUUCUAUUCCUUGCCGGAUUCUUUAUUCCUAUCAAAGGCAUAUCGGAGGACAAGGAUUUGGAUUUCUUCAAGAAACUAUUGACCGAAAACCAUGGCGAGAGAGCACUUACCUUCGCAUUGGGUAUACUCCUCACGCUAGGAACUAUUCUUUACGUCGUUUAUACUUCAGUUGGCUUCGCUUUCCUACCCAUCACACUUAUCAAAACUGCGCCUUCGAUUUCCAAUCCGACACUCAAAGCAAACACUGCAUCGCAACUCGAUAGCAACCGCGAACGUCAGCGUCAAUUGAAUGCCCGCUGCGGAGGAGAUCCAGACCAAUUAUCAUCGAAAGACCGCAGGGAACUAGAUGGCUUGGUGCGAGAAGAAAGAACACUUAUCAGGAGGCAACGUUUGAUUGAGCAAGCACAGGGCGAAGGACGCAGCUGGUUGAUCCGGGCAUGGUUCAAAACCGAGGCGGUAUUUCGACCAUUCAAGCUUCUGGGCGGAAUUUUGCUGCUUCUCGUCGCGAUCCUUGUUUGGGUAUCUAUGCUCCUCACUGCAGUAGACAAGGCCAAAAACUCGGUCUGCAAGCAUAAUUGUGGAUACAUCCUGGGACAUAUCAAUGUCUUCAAUCCUAUCAACUGGAUCUUUGUACGCUCUGCACAAGUCUUUCCGGUAGACUACGUUCUGUUCGCAUUGGUCGUCUUGUUGUUUUUCAGCAGUUCUGUCGUCGGCAUCGCGACAGUUGGCAUCCGGUUCCUCUGGAUCAGAAUUUUCCGAAUCCGCAAGGGACAUACUUCACCGCAGGCUUUGUUAAUAGCAACCGUAAUGCUGACAUUGAUAACUCUUGCACUCAACUAUUCCAUGUCAAUGAUCGUUGCCCCUCAAUACGCAACUUUUGGUCCACAAACAUUCUGCGAUAAACCGACCUACCCCCCAGGCGCACAGCCCGACUGUUCUGAUGAGAAGGACGAGGAUCUCAUCAAGCCAUGCACAGAACUAGCCGACAACCCAGCUGCAAAGGAAGUCUGCACGCCGAGUGUAGUCAGCACAUUCUUCAACAGGGUUACAUUAAACUUCCCGUACUUUGGUGUAAUCAUUUUCUGGGCCCAGUUCGCUUUUCUAGGCUUAUAUCUAAUCAUCCUCGUAACCACACUAUUCCGUACGCCGAAACUCGACGAGCGUCAGAUCGACGAGGAUGCUGAAGAGGCCGAAGAGGAAGGUUUGUUGGCUAGUACAGGUCGACGGUUUAAUGCGACGUGGCAGGAUAUCCGAUGGCAGGUAGACUCUGCUUAG